UAAAUGAAAUUUCAUUGCCAAUUAUGUUAGUUCAUGCACAUAAUUAAAUACUUAUAAAUAACAUGUGGAAUACAAGGUAAUAUGAUUCGAAACUAAUAAUUGGACAAGAACAAAGAAUCUUAAGUAUGUGAUUGGUCAAUGGUUAUGAUCUAAACAGAAUAUAGUGUAUAUACCUAUACGACGUAUAUUUUUCAAUAAUAUAUCUAAUAUCAUUAUUGAGAUUUUUUUCACAAAUACCUAUUGAUGUUUUCUUUAACGCAAGAAUACAUUAAUUUUCAAAAAAUGGAUUCAUGAUAUACAUAUUGAGCCCAGUUGGGGAAAAUUGUGCGAAUAUUUAAACUGCUCUAACCUGUGAUACAUGCAUGGUGUAUCAUCUCAUCCAGUACUAAUACUACACAUGCAGGCAUAGACAUCAUCUUUCUCAUACAGAAAGGUCUAGCUGAUGAAUCAAAAUUCCUUAGCAAAGCAUUUUUCAGCAUUAGAUAUUACUAAUAAAGUUUACAAGAGUCAAUUCUUACUAUGGAUCAAAUAAGAAAUUUCCGAGACUUUUUGCGUCUCUACAAUCAAAUCUCAGACACCUGUUUUACAAGAUGUACUAAUACUUUUACAACAAGGGACAUUGAAUUGGAUGAGGCGAAUUGUGUUGAUACUUGUGCACAAAAAUUCAUUCACACAAAUCAUAGAGUGAUGGAAGUGUACAUGGAAGUGCAAGCGGCAAUAGUUCAAAAAAGGAUUGAUGAAAUGAACGCUGCUCAAGCAGCGAUAGAAGCUAAAAGUGCAGAAGAACAGAAUGUCGAAGUUGUUAAAUGAUCAUUUUGAAACAAUUAUUUCUUUUUUAUAAUUUAGGACUAACUUUUAUUGUAUGUUAAUUGUAAAUAAAAACAAUAGCUUUAAUAA